AUGAAGACGCUCAGUUGGAACUGUAUAGGGAUUGGAAACGACCUCACAGUUCGACGCCUUACGGAGAUGUGUCAGAAGCAUCGCCCAGGACUUGUGUUUCUUUCUGAGACGAAGAACAGAAGGCUGCUGUUGCAAAACAUGCAGACCGACUUAGGAUUUGAUCAUUUGUUUACUGUUGAGCCACUUGGACUCAGCGGAGGUUUAGCUUUGUUUUUUAUGGAUGAAUUUCAAGUUAAUGUUUUGUUUUCGAAUAAUCGUAUGAUUGACAUUGAGGCAAUCAUUAAUGGAAUAAAAGUCUAUAUGACGUUUGUUUAUGGUGACCCUGUACUGGAAAGACGAGAUCAAGUUUGGGAACGUCUUACGCGUUUCUCAACAACAAGAAAUGGACCUUGGUUUAUGAUAGGAGAUUUCAAUGAGAUAACAUGUCACAAUGAAAAGACAGGUGGAAGACAACGCCCGGAUAGCUCUUUCCUUCCUUUUAAGCAGAUGCUUAAUGAUUGUGGCAUGUUAGAGUUUCCAUUCACGGGAGAUAUGCUUUCUUGGGUAGGGAAGAGAGCUGGAGGAUCAACUGUUCGAUGUCGUUUAGACAGAGCGGUAGGAAAUGCGGACUGGCAUGAGAAGUUUCCACACUCGAAUGUCAAGUACAUGAGGCUAUGGGGAUCGGACCAUCGUCCGAUUCUUGCAGAUAUACUCAUAAAGCCAACGAGAAGAUCCAAAAAGUUUAAAUUUGAUAAAAAAUGGUUGGAUAAUGAGGACUUACGGCAGGUUAUCCUUGAGGGAUGGAAAUCACCUGAUCUUCCUCCUGAUGCGAGUAUCAUGGAACAUAUUUCCAGCUGCAGGAGAGCCUUGAGUGAAUGGCGGAGGCUAAAUAAUGUCAAUUCGGCAAAAUUGGUGGAAGAGCUUAAAGAAAAGGUGGAAGGCUUAUAUGCAGAUGAUAAUGCCACAACUGAGGAAAUUGCGGCAGCUCUGAAGGAACUCUCACAUGCUCUUAAAGCGGAGGAGAUGUUUUGGAAGCAGAAGAGUCGGGUGUUUUGGCUGAGAGAGGGGGAUAGAAACACAAAAUUCUUUCAUGCAUUGACGAAGCAAAGAAGAGCAAGGAAUAAGAUUACACAGCUCCUGGACGAGAAUGGGAACAUUAUCGAGGAUGAUGAAGGACUUGUAGUCAUUGCUACUAGUUACUUCAGGCAGAUUUUUGAAUCAUCGAACCCGGAGGAAAUCGAGGAGGCGCUAGCUCAGGUGCCAACAACAAUAACUGGUGCUAUGAAUGACGACCUUACUGCUCCGGUCUCUGAAUGGGAAGUCAAAUUAGCGCUUUUUGCCAUGCACCCAGAGAAAGCUCCAGGACCCGAUGGGAUGACUGCACUUUUCUACCAGAAAUUUUGGGAUAUAGUAAAGGAGGAUUUAACCCUUAUGGUUAAUAAAUUUCUUUCAGAGGGGACGAUGGCGAACGGACUGAAUGACACAAAUAUAUGUCUCAUCCCGAAGAUAACAAAGCCUACUGCAAUGUCUCAAUUCAGACCCAUCAGUCUGUGCAACGUUAGCUACAAGAUAAUCUCUAAAGUCUUAUGCCAGAGGUUGAAAAAAGUGCUUCCAGGUCUGAUAUCGGAAACCCAGUCAGCCUUUGUUGCUGGGAGACAGAUUUCGGAUAAUGUUAUGAUUGCCCAGGAAAUGUUCCAUGCAUUGAGAACGAAACCCAGUGGACGAAAUAAAAGGAUGGCUAUCAAGACUGAUAUGAGCAAAGCAUAUGAUAGGAUGGAGUGGUCGUUUAUUGAAGCUGUCCUGCGUAAAAUGGGAUUCUCAGAAACUUGGAUCGGCUGGGUCAUGCGAUGCAUUACAUCGGUGAAAUAUAAGGUUCUCAUGAAUGGAGAGCUAAGAGGGAAUAUUAGUCCAGAUAAGCUGAUGCAUAGAGUGAAUGGAUGGACGGGUAGAUGGCUCUCGAAAGGUGGAAAGGAAGUACUGAUUAAAUCAAUUCUGCUCGCUCUUCCGACAUACGUCAUGUCAACUUUCCUGCUCCCAUUGGAGACAAGUGAAAGCUUGGCAAGUGCUAUUGCUCAGUUCUGGUGGAGCUCGAAUCCACCAAAGAGAGGUAUACACUGGGCGAAAUGGGAGAAAGUCUGCCUAUCCAGAGAAGAGGGUGGAAUUGGCUUCCGAUUGAUUCAUGAGUUUAACCUGGCGCUUCUAGCUAAACAACUAUGGAGAUUAGUACAUUUUCCUGAUUCUCUGGUGGCCCGAGUCUUACGGGGGAGGUACUACAGAUUGAGCUCUCCAUUGAGAGUAAACCCUACUAGUAGCCCAUCCUAUGUGUGGACUAGCAUCUCUGCUGCAAGAAAAUUACUGCUACUGGGGAUUAGACAGAAGAUACACUCAGGCUAUGAGGUUAAAGCAUGGGAGGAUCCAUGGAUUCCAUCGAAUCCCGCCAGGCCAGCUGCCCCCAUAGCUCCUGUGAUGAACCCCAACAUGAGAGUAAGCGAUCUUAUUGACCAGGGAGUGAAGGAUUGGAAUGUGGGACUAUUGGAGAACUAUGUUCAUCCAGAGGAUAUACCACUUAUAAGGAGUUUGGCCAUAAGCUCAACUCAUCGUCGAGAUACUUUCUGCUGGAACUUUACAAGGAGUGGCCAAUACACGGUUAAAUCUGGAUAUUGGGUGGCGCAGAAUUUAUUGAAGUUAUCGGAGGAGAAGGAAGUUUUGGAGCCAAGUAUUACGAAACUGCAGGGCUUUGCGUGGAAAUUGAAGGCCCCUACGAAGAUAUGUCAUCUUAUAUGGCAGUUGUUGACUGGUCAUGUGGCAGUAACGAGGAAUUUAGUUAGACGUAAUAUGAGGUGCGACAACUAUUGCCCAAGAUGUGGAAAAGCAGAGGAGACAGUCACACAUGCAAUCUUCGAAUGCCCACCAGCCCGUCAAGUAUGGUCUUUAUCUUCAACUCCGACGUGCCCAAAUAUUUUUCCGGUAUCGAGCGUCUACACAAACAUGGAUUAUCUGUUCUGGAGGAAAAAUAGUAUCAUGGAACCAGAGCAAGAUAGGGAUCCUUAUCCCUGGAUAAUAUGGUUCAUUUGGAAGGCUAGAAAUGAAAAACUCUUCAGAGAAAUAGAUAGAGAUCCUCUGGAACUGGUUAGACAUGCUGAGAGUGAAUGCCAGGCAUGGUUUGAGGCUAAUGAAGUGGUACAAGCUGCGACACAGGACACCAUGAAUGAGGAACCCCAAGCCGUAUGUUUGGGAAAUAUUUGUCUAUUAGAUGGAUCUUGGACUCUCUCAGCUAACUUCAGUGGAUGUGGAUGGACAUGGAUAGAUAGCUCUGGGAAUAUUCAGCUUAUGGGGACAAAAAAUAUCACUCGACGGGAAUCGGCCUUGCAUUCGGAGGUAGAAGCUCUGCGGUGGGCGAUGGAGAAUAUGUUGCAGCACUCGACCUGCCAGAGCUUUGGGACAGACUGUAAGGAACUGAUUGCUAUGGUUAAGGAUCCCCAGGCGUGGCCAAGCUUUGCGACGGAAUUGGAGAGAAUAGAGACGCUACAAAUCUGCUUCCCGGACUUCAACAUCACUUACGUUCCACGAGCGCAUAAUCAGACUGCAGAUUUCUUAACUAAGACUGCUAGAUCUUUCCGUAGAGAGUUACACUUUGUUGGUUGUUCUAUUCCGAAAUUCAUUGAUUCUGUUAAAGCUAACCCGACUUCACGAUAUCAAUAUUGA